UCUUCAGAUAAUAAUGAUCUAAAGGACUGCACGACAGUACAUGACCUAUCAGCAUAUUUACCUAGUGGAUUAUACAGUAUUACAAUCCCAGCCCUUGGUCACGUGACUGUGUUUUGUGAAAUGGAGGCUGAUGGUGGAGGGUGGACAGUUUUUCAAAGGCGAAUUGACGGUUCUGAAGAUUUUUAUCGAACAUGGGCCGAAUACAAGGAUGGCUUCGGUAAUCUAACACGGGAAUUCUGGCUUGGCAAUGAGAAGCUGUCUCGUCUACUUAGUCAAGGUUCUUACGAAAUGAGGAUGGAUAUGGCUGAUUUUGACAACCAAACACGUUAUAUCAAAUACUCCAGUAUGACUCUUGGCGAUGAAGCCUCAAAAUACGCCAUUUCACUCUUUGGCUAUUCUGGGGACGUAGCUGAUUGCUUUACAACUGGAGUAUCUGGUGCCCUUAUUAACAACAUGAAGUUCACCACAAAGGAUCAAGACAACGAUUUAUAUGGUGAAAACUGUGCAAUCCUGUUCAAAUCCGGAUGGUGGCAUAAUGCCUGUCAUUGUUCGAAUCCAAACGGACUUUAUUUAGAAGGGAACACAGCCAUAUUUGCCGAGGGCAUCGUGUACAAACCUUGGCGUACACAUUAUUACUCGCUAAAAUCAAUGCGACUGAUGAUCAAACGGGUUGUAUGAAAUGAUGUGCUUUUGCAUGGACACAAAUGCAUGUACCUUGAUCAAAAUUUUAUGUAUAGAACAUAGUACUUUUUUUUUUAGACAAACCUCUAUGUUUGAAUGGUCAGCCAUACUACUUAUAAAAAUAAACAUUACA